ACCUGAGUGACUGGGGCGCCAUUUUGCGCUGCCGCCACCGGAGGACAGUUGGCGGUUUGGGCGCGUUGCCGGAAGGGAGGUUGACCUCGCUGCUUCUCCUCAUCCAAAUUCCCGCUGGUCGACCCGUGGUGGUAUCAACGUGCAGACAUGAGCGACGUGGAGGAAAACAACUUCGAGGGGAGGGAGACACGCUCCCAGUCAAAAUCCCCAGCUGGGAGCCCUGCUCGUGUAAAAUCUGAGAGCAGGUCAGGAUCUCAUAGCCCAUCAAGAGCUUCUAAGCAUUCUGAAUCACGAUCUCGAUCAAGAUCAAAAUCCAGGUCUAGAUCAAGAAGGCAUUCUCACAGGCGCUACUCUCGCUCACGAUCCCAUUCUCAUAGAAGAAGAUCACGAAGCCGGUCCUACACCCCAGAGUAUCGUCGCAGAAGGAGCCGCAGUCACUCACCAAUGUCUAACCGAAGAAGGCACACUGGUAGCAGAGCUAAUCCAGAUCCUAAUACAUGUCUUGGAGUGUUUGGUCUCAGUUUGUAUACCACUGAGAGGGAUCUUCGUGAAGUCUUCUCCCGUUAUGGACCUUUAUCUGGUGUCAAUGUAGUUUACGAUCAAAGGACUGGGCGAUCACGAGGAUUUGCUUUUGUUUACUUUGAAAGAAUAGAUGAUUCUAAAGAGGCAAUGGAACAUGCAAAUGGAAUGGAACUGGAUGGCAGGAGGAUCCGUGUGGAUUACUCCAUCACAAAGAGAGCGCACACCCCCACUCCAGGCAUUUACAUGGGCAGGCCAACACACAGUGGAGGAGGUGGUGGAGGAGGAGGAGGAGGAGGUGGUGGUGGAGGAGGAGGAGCUGGCCGUCGACGUGAUUCCUACUAUGACAGAGGGUAUGACAGAGGAUAUGACAGAUAUGAAGAGUAUGAUUAUCGCUAUAGGAGGCGAUCUCCUUCUCCUUAUUAUAGCCGUUACAGAUCACGAUCAAGAUCUCGUUCCUACAGUCCAAGGCGCUAUUGAAGAACAGAAGCCAGUUACAUUUGCAAACAUGAUUUUUAAGCAGCAACUUCUGACCUAGCUUUUCCUGUAGGUCCCCUGCAGUUAUUCUAAGAUUAAAGAUCCGUGGUUCAUUUAGAAUAUAUGUAUUUUCAAUUGAAAUACCAGUUUCCCAUCUUUUAUUGUAAUUCUCCAAGUGUAAUUGUUGUAGCUUUAUGUACGUAAAUGUCUUUAAGUAAACUGAAAUAGGAUUCCCAAAGUGUUGAUACAUUUUGUAAAUUGUUUUCUUUAUUUUUAAAGUCAAAUAGAUUUCUCCUUGAACCUAAUGGAGAGCAACAAAAGAAUUGGUUUGUGUUAAAACUUGCACGGUGUAUUUCAGUAGAAACCUACUAUUUGAUUUCUAUCUGCCUGUUUUGGGAAAAUGUUGAUCUGUAUCUUCAGUUACACUUCAGUAUGUAUCCCUGAACCUGAGUUUAUAGUUCUCAAUGUAGUAAGUAAACAUUACUGGAAGGAAUGCUGUGGGAAAGCUAAUUCUAUACUGCAAAUUACAGCUUGGAAUGUGUUCGAUAAAAUCAUUUGAUGACGAUAUGGGUGGCACAUGAAGUUAUUUGGUUAAAAUAUAUGAAACCAAGCUAUCUUUAAAUUAUCCUUUUAUCUGUUUGCAGCCCCACUGUCAAGACACAGGUGUAAGCCUUACCCUUUUUUUGGCAUGCAAGUAUAUUUGUUGUUUACAGUAAUUCUGUAUGAUUUUGAAAUGGUGGUUAAGCAGGUUCUCUUUAGUAGUAGUAUGGUUUGAGAAAUUAUUACUGUAGACUUUUCUUCUUAAAAUAAAUUUUAAAUUCUA